CGCGGCGCUUUUGGUAAUAUGUCGUUUAAGGAGCGUGAUUUACUCUAUAGGCUUAUUAUUAGGUAGCUCUUUUGUUGUUUCUACUUCUAGUCAAUUAUUUUAUGACGGGUACUCAACACAGGCCGUCAAUUUAAUAAAUUUAGUGAGCCCAUCCGCCUCUUGUGGUCCAUCUAAUAGACUUCUGAAAUUGGUAAAAAUUGGAAUUGCAAACUGCGAAGAUGAACAAGAAAAGUCUACCGCAUUAGAAGGAGAAUGUAUACCUCCAGGCUCUGGAAUCGAUAUUGAGGUUGAAAGUGAAAGUUCUACUAUUGCCCCUGAGGCUGCAUUAUAUGAGACAUGCUACGUGACAGCGCAUAAAGCAGCUUGCCGAGCUGCAGCGUUCAAUAGUACAGGACAACUGGUCGCUACUGGCUCUCAUGAUUCUUCAAUAAAAAUUUUGGAUGUCGAAAGAAUGUUGGCUAAAAGUGUUUCUAGUGUUGAUCAUGGAGGCCAAGAGACCCCGCAGCAACAAAUGGAGACACACCCCGUUAUUAGGACUCUAUAUGACCAUACUGCGGUACUUAAAGCAAUUAUCACUUAUCAUCGUAUUAUUUUAUUUUAUCUGUAUAAAUUUUCUUAUUUUUAUACGCGUAGUUUUUGA